AUGGACCAACAAGAGGACCAUGAGAUCAAAGUCUCCCCUCCCUGUCCAGAAGCUAUUAGAGAGAAAACGGAUCACCCCCUUAGCUUCCUUGCCUAUAACAUCUCUGAGGAGACCAAAACCAUCAUCCUGAACCAGUGCAUAUGGUCAUCCACAGAAAUCACCUUCGCGGCUCACCUCUUCCAAGUCAACUCCCCACCACUCCUUCUCUUCUGUUUACAUGGCUUCUCCACCACAGACACAAGCACUGUCAGAACCACAGUCCAUAACAUUUGGAUUGAAGAUGUAACCAUGUGGGACAUCACAGACAUCCUCUCCAAAAGUGAGAUCCCAGAAGAACGAGUUCACCUCGUGGCACAAGACUUCAUCAAGUCCCUUUGGGUUGAGUGCCUUGACUUUAAGGUCAGUGGUGGCAUCCUCCUUCCCCACUACAACAUCUUCACAGUCAGCCCUACCAACAACCCAGUUGUCUGGAUGAAACUCAGAGCCCACCUCCUCUCACUCAAAUACCCUUUGGAACUCAAAGGUAGCAGCUCCUCUGUCAAUUUCAUACCCUGCCCCCUGUGUCACUCCAUAGCCCACCCUUGUGGACUCUGUCCCUUCCCCAACAUCCCACUUUGGAAUGGCCCCAAACAUAGCCUGACCACAAAACCAGCUAACUCCAAUCAGAGGGGAUGUGAGAAAGGAAGGAGAAUUGCUGCCUGA